AUGCCCGGCGCCGUCGAAUCUCCUGCCGCCGCCAUCCUCAACCACUCUGCCACGCCCUACAACUUCCGCUUCUCGCCAUUUCUUCGACAAACGUACCAGGUCGGCCUGUCUCCCGACCGGCCAAUAUGCAAAGCCUUCCAGUCGGGCCACUGCCCCAACGGCACACGAUGCCCCGAACGUCACGUCUCCGAUUCCAAGACGUCGCAGCCGAGUGGUGGUCUCAACUCACUCGUGUGUAAACAUUGGCUGCGUGGCCUGUGCAAGAAGGGCGAGCAUUGCGAGUUCCUCCACGAGUACAACCUUCGAAAGAUGCCAGAGUGUAAUUUCUUCAUGCGAAACGGGUAUUGCUCGAACGGUGACGAAUGCCUGUACCUGCACAUCGAUCCCCAAAGUCGGCUGCCACCCUGCCCUCACUACGAUAUGGGGUUCUGCCCCCUCGGACCCAACUGUUCAAAGAAGCACGUGCGUAGGAAGCUCUGUGUGUUUUACCUGGCGGGUUUCUGUCCUGAUGGACCUGAAUGCAAGGAAGGCGCCCACCCGAAGUGGUCAAAGGACCUGGAGAAGCCAACCCUCAAGUCAGAGGAGAAGAAAGACGACGACAUGCGGAUGGAUUCUGCGCAGGAUGAUAUGGACAGGUCACGCGACCAACAGAGAGAUAGAGAUCGCGAUGAUGGAGGCAGACACAGAGGAGGUCAUGGCAGUCAUGGUGGCCGAGGCAAAUGGCGAGGAAGAGGCCGUUACCGCGGAAGAGGUCACUAA